CGAAAGCGUACCGAUUUAAUUUAGUUGAAAAAAUAGGCUAAUUGCUAGUGCUGACGUUAAAAAUACGAGAAGAAGAGUAAUUUUUUAACCAUUAAAGUGUUCAAGUUGCUUUACUAUUUGUUGAACCAUUAAAGCCGCAACUGUCGUAGCGUAAAGAUGGUGAAUGAUAUAGUUUUCGCAGUUUUAACAAUAAGCGACAGCUGCAGCCAGGAUCCUAGUAAAGAUCGCAGUGGCCCCUGUUUGGUAUCGCUGAUUUGCAAUGCCUUCCAAAAUGCCAACAUUCUAACAGCUAUAGUACCAGACGAGCGCGACCAAAUCAUUGCUAAACUACGUGAACUCAUAACCCAGAAAACGCCCAGCGUGAGUGCAAUCAUUACUACCGGUGGCACCGGCUUUGCACCGCGUGAUGUUACGCCAGAAGCGACUAAAGUACUGUUAAACAAAGAAUGCCCGCAACUGGCACAGUAUAUUGCACAGGCGUCACUACAGAAGACGAAAUUCGCCGCUUUAACACGCGGCUUGUGUGGUAUUGCGGGCAAUACUUUAAUACUAAAUUUUCCUGGCAGCGAAAAAGCGGUGACGGAGUGUUUUGAAGUGGUGUGUGAGUUGUUGCCACAUGCGCUACACUUAAUCGGCAACGAUUUACCACUGGUGCGACGGCUGCAUGCCGAGUUACAAGCGACUGGCAUCUCUAUGGCUUCCAUGGGGCACGUAUGCCCACACAAGACGAGCAAAGGUGAUGACAGUGAUAGAAAUUCCCCAUUUCCAAUGAUAGCUGUAGUGCAAGCGCUAGAGAUAAUAUUUCAAACCGUGCAGCAGCAGCGCGAAGUGGCGCAGCUACUGAAUGAAUUUUCGGCGCCGGUAGAUAUACCACCCUUUCGGGCAUCCAUUAAGGAUGGCUAUGCAAUGAAAUCCAUGGGCUUCUCGGGCACCAAAAAAGUGCUGGGCUACAUAUCUGCGGGUGAUGAGAUAAUAAUGAAUGAUCUGCAAGAAGAUGAAUGCUACAAGAUAAACACCGGCGCGCCAGUACCACACUACGCGGAUUGUGUGAUACAAGUGGAGGAUACCAAAUUACUCAAAAAGAAAAAGAAUGGCGAGGAGGAUCUGGUGGAAAUUUUGGUUGAACCGAAAGCGAAUUUAGACAUACGCCAGAUUGGAUCAGAUCUGCGUAAAGGCAGCAAACUUUUCCCCUCUGCUGACCACUCAGCUGUAAUCAUCAAAUCGAUACUCUCCUCAGUUGGUAGGAAUUUGGGUGCAAUACGUAAACCAAAAAUCGGUAUUAUCUCUACCGGCAGUGAGUUAUUGGCGCCACACCAACCGGAAGUAAUGGGUAAAAUUUACGAUUCAAACACAACUACGCUGGAGGAACUACUGGUGUAUUUUGGUUUUGAAUGCGCGCAAACGCUGGUGCUGAGUGAUGACUUCGAAACUGUUAAAGGUAAAAUCUCGGAACUAUUCAAGAAUGUCGAUUUUAUCAUCUGCAGUGGCGGUGUUUCAAUGGGCGAUAAGGACUACAUUAAACCGGCACUGAAAAAUCUGGGUUUCACAAUCAACUUCGGGCGCGUCAACAUGAAGCCUGGGAAACCUAUGACUUUCGCCUCCAAGAAUGAGAAAUAUUUCUUUGGGCUGCCAGGCAACCCGGUGUCUGCGUUCGUCACAUUUCAUCUGUUUGUUUUGCCGGCAAUACGCUGGUUUGCCGGUUGGGAGCGUGACAAAUGCGAACUGGCGACUUUGCCGAUAACUCUACAAAACGAUAGCAUCAAACUGGAUCCACGUCCGGAAUAUGUGCGCGCCUCAGUGACUAGCAAAAAUGGUCGCUUAUACGCCUCCGUUAACGGCAGUCAAAUGAGCAGCCGUUUGCAAAGCAUUGUCGGGGCUGACGUUCUGGUACAUCUGCCCGGCGGCACGGAGAGUAAACCCAACGCUGUAGCUGGGGAUGUAUAUCGUGCCUCUGUGCUGCGCUAUGAUUUUAUCUCGAAAUAUGAAUAGAUUUACAUACAUACACGUACAUACUUACCAGUGUAGAUUUGAACAACAACUAUUUCCUUAUUAAUAUUUCACAUUUUUAUUUAGUAAAUAAAAAGAUUUCAUGCAUUGCGUUCUUGAAUUGGUACAUA